AUGAAGCCUUGCCUCAGUUUUGGCCUCCUCUCAGCACUGAUAGCCAGUGGUAUUGCUCUGAAAUGUGAAGUUUGCAUUGGUCAAGGUCACAACUGUUCCGGUAACAUUGAAGUAUGUCCUCCAGAACAUGAUUUUUGUGGUAUUACUGCAUUUGAAAGUGUAUUGGAAGAACUUCAGGUUCAGGGGAUUAUUAAAAGCUGCGCUCCAUCAAGUGUCUGUGAAGGUGGUUCUGCUCACAUUAAUCUGGGUAAAAAAGGAAGAUCAAGGACGAGUGUUUUUUGCUGUAAGCACGAUGCCUGCAAUACAGAUUUUCCAGUCAAAUUGCCAGAACUAGAUACCAAGAUCAAUGGUCUUCGGUGCCCAGCCUGCUAUGCUUCAUUUCCUGAUUCUUGUAAGGAUGACACUGUUGAUUGUGUUGGAUCCGAGUCUCAGUGCAUUAAUUUGGCUGGAUACAUACAUUUUGAAGAAUCAUCAACAAAAGUUGCCAUGAAGGGCUGCACUACCCAUGAUGUCUGCGAUGCUACCAUUGGAGGGGCAGCAACAUUUAGCCAGGCCAGUUCAGCAAUCACCAGCCUUGAAUGCAUGCCAGCCAGUAGCACGGCCAGCAGAUCUCCUGGACCAACAGGACUCUUCUUUUUAGCCAUGAUGGGCUUCCUGAGGCUACAGCUUGGAUCUUAACGAGCCAACUGUGUUUAUGAGCAAACUAUGCAGAUGCUAAACCAAGGAUUUUAAUCUUUGGGUCUCUGGUAUCACUGAUGGAAAAAUUCUGGAAGAGCUGAGCAUUAAGGUCUAAUCCAUUAGCUUGCUGGUUUUUGUUGUUGUUUUUUAAACCCAGCUUAUAGCAUCUAUUAAGGAAAGCGGUUAUUUAACCACCGGUUCUGAUUUGAAUUGUUAUCACGGUCAUAGCAGUUGGUGUAAUAUUGAUGUGUUGCUCGAAAACUGAGCUCAUUGUUCAUCUGUUAGGGUCAUAUUUGAUAUAGCGUUUUAGCCUUCUCAUUCAAUUUGAUGUGAAUUGAAAGGGCAUGUAAAAAAAUAAAUAAAUGAUGGGGUGUUUUUUCAGGCAAGGUUGAAAAACUGGAAUCCUUAAUCUUAAUUUUUCAAGCAGUCGAGAGAGUCCCAUUCUGUACUGUACAAUGCUCUCCCAAGCAGUAUGCAACUUCCUAACCCUCAGUAAAAUCCCAAGGGAAAAUGUAAUAUAACAAGUGAUGUCUCCAGAGCCUUUCUCAGCUCUGGAGAAAGCAGGGGGCACUUCAAGGAAUGUCACCUUGCAGUGAUAAAUGCUUGAAGACUCUUCUACUGUAAUAUCCUCCUCCCAUGUUAUUUUACUGCUGCUCUACCUUCGUGAUGCAUCCUGGAGUUGGAAUUGACAAAGGGAGAGAGACAUAUGAAAGGACCAUCUGACUGAUGGAGGGAAAUUGGCACUCCAACUUCUUCCCUCCACCCUCUUUGCUUUUUCCACAACAUGGGGGGUGGGGGAGAUAUACUAACCUUCUGGGUACUCCUGAAGGUACUCACAGCAGGAUGAAUAUAAACCAAGGAAUCUGAAGACUUUGAUUUCAGAUGGCAGUGGAACAAUUCAAGGAAAGUGAGAUCAAAUGAAGCAGAGGCUCUUCAAAAGAGAAAUUCUCUUCUUUGCUACUGCCCUUGAAACAUUUUGAUAUGAGGACAAUAUGAGGACCCAAAUUGUUGGGAACAAUAUGCUGACUCUGUAAACCGCUUUGAGAGGGCUGUAAAGCACUAUAAAGUGGUAUAUAAGUCUAAGUGCUAUUGC